AUGGAAGACGAGCAAAAUAAUAAAGAUACUAAAAAAAUAUUGGACAAAAACGAUAAUAUACAAGAUAAAAAUAUUGUGAAGGAAGAAAGCACAAAAGGACAUACUCAUUUAAUCAGAAAUGACACAAAUAUAAAUAUAUUUCUGUUAAUAUGUAUCAUAGGAGUCUCUUUGGCUAUUCUGUUAGAGAUAAUAAAUGUACAGAAUAAAAAGGAAUAUGUCCACAAAGAUUAUGUGCGGGACAGAAAGCUUUAUUGGGUGUACUCCGCCCACAGCGACGUUGAAAAUAAAAAUGGCUUGCUCAAGCACGUGCAUUUAGUAUUGGAAAGGUUCGGAUAUGAGAUGUCUAGCAACAGGACUCCGUGGACGCUGCUCUGGUCUCAUGAUUACCCUUUCAGGGCUCUCUACCCCCACCUGCACGCGCUGCAGCCGCACCAGAAGGUGAACCACUUCCCCGGCACCGGCUUCAUCACGAACAAAGUGGACUUGGCAACUACCGAAUCUAAAUUUAUUCCCAAAGCCUUUAAACUGCCGAAAAAUAAAAAGGAUUUUUUAAAAUACGCCAGUGAAAAUAGAAAUGCACUGUUUUUGGAAAAGCACAAUCAACACCGCGGCGUGUAUUUAAAGAACGUGACUGCAAUAGAUUUGUCAAGUAGCGAAAGUUUCGUGCAGGAGUACGUUCAGAAACCGUUUCUGGUAGACGGCCAUAAGUUCGAUAUUGGAGUAUACGUCGUGCUGACCUCGGUGAAUCCAUUGAGAGCGUAUUGGUAUAAAGGUGACGUACUGUUUAGGUACUGUCCAGCAAAGUACUACCCUUUUGAUCCGAAGAAUCUAGACAAAUAUGUGGUGGCGGACGACUACCUGCCCACGUGGGAGGUGCCGUCGCUGGCGCGCGUCUACACCGCGCUCGGCUUCGGCAUGAAGGACGCCUUCGACCACUACGCGACCUCUAAGGGCAAAAACACGACGCGUAUGUGGGAGGAGAUCCAGGAGGCGAUCACGGAAGUGCUGCUGAAAAAGGAACACCAUAUAAUCGAGGCGUUGAAAAGCUACCCGUCGCAAGAGAACUUCUUCGAGCUGAUGCGCUUCGACCUGGUGGUGGACGCGGCGCUGCGGCCGUGGCUGCUGGAGGCCAACAUGUCGCCCAACCUCAGCUCCGCGCACUUCGCGCCCAACCGACUGCUGUACGAGCAGCUGCUCUACAGCCUCGCGUCGCUGGUGGGCCUCGCGCCCGCGGAGAGUACAGCAGCGGAGAACAUGGUGUCGGCGCAGAAGAACAUCGCGGUGUACAGCGCAGAGUGCAGCGCGCAGUGCCGCGAGGAGUGCGGCGCGGCGCCGGCGUGCGCGCUGUGCCGGCCCUGCGCGCCACCGGCGCUGCGGCGCGCCCUGCGCCGCGCGCACCGCGACCACCUGCACCGCGCCGACUUCCGCAGGCUCUUCCCGCCCGCCAUGGUACACAUACACAUGCACACGCACGCAUACACACACGCACACACGGAUAAAGGAUUA